UUGACAAAAAUACACAUUUUAAAUGCUUUUUUAUAUUAAGUCCAAGGUUGACAAACAAACAUAUCUCAACACGAGGAUAAAUAGAAAAAGUAAUUAAGGAUAUCAACAAUUUUUAAGCUUAACAUGGAAUAUUAGAAAAAUAUAUUCUUAUAUGAAUACAGCAAAUAAAUAAUACGGAAUAAAGAGUCUAUAAUAACAGUGAAUGAGAACAAUACAAUGUCAAACUAUUCACAGGAUACGGUCAAUAUGCAAGAAAUAAUAGAACUGGUGAAUCUUCUUCGUCAAAAUGGCGAUAUGAUCUUGAGUGCUUCAAGCAAGCUUUCACUGUCAACAAAACUGUUGCAUAGUCUUAAUGAAGCAUUCUCAUUAAUAAUAUUAGAACCAGAAGAUCUGGAGUCUUCAUUUCAAGUGUGCAAUAGUUCCAAAGUAGAUAUAUUUCGUGAUAUAAAAUUUUUACAUGAUUUUGUACAGAAAACUAUAAGUUUGAAAAUAACGCAUUAUUCUUCUGAUGAUGUCAUUACCAUUGACAUCUCCAAGUUUAGACAUUUAAAGUAUUUGGAAUUGAAAAAGGUAUCCAUUGAAUUAAUGAAAGGUUUACAAAGUGUCAGGGGCCAGCUAGAAAGCAUUGUAUGUGCCGGUAGGAAAGGAGUAUCCACAAUUUGCCAAUUAUUAGCUACAUGUGGAGGUGACGCUGGCAUCGGGUUUGUAUGGGCAUCCUUGAGACAUUUAGUAUUGUCUCAUAAUGCUCUGGAAUGUUUGGAUGAAUCAUUAGAAUUAGCUCCUUGGCUUCAGAUAUUGGACUUAAACCAUAACAUGAUAACUAGUGCAAAGGAGAUAUCCUGCUUAUCAGCCUUGAAAUAUGUCAAUCUGGGCUAUAAUAAAUUGAAAGAAGUACCCACAUUCAAUAAAUUAGCGUUAUAUUCAUUACAAAUAUUAGUAUUGAAGAAUAAUUACAUUGACAAUCUUAAUGGUCUUCAAGGUUUAGAAUGUUUGACAGAAUUAGAUUUAUCAUUUAACUGUUUAAUGGACCAUUCGGUUCUGUGGCCACUUCAACAAAUGUCUACUUUAUUAUGGCUAUCUUUGGAAGGAAAUCCUUUAUCAUACCAUCCAAAACAUCGGUUAUUGUCCAUAAAACAUUUGCAUCCGAGUCUGUCAGAUAGCAAGUUUGUUUUAGAUCGACUACCGCUUUCAAAAUUGGAAAAAACGUUUGUGAUAGAAAAUCGAGUUUUUACGAUACGCGCGAAUCAAUCCAUAUCUUUGACCAGCUCAAUGUCCACAUGCGUCGAUACAUAUGAAUUCAAUGAAAACGGAUCAAAUCGAAUAACAUUAUCUGAUAAUUUAGAAAGAAGCAUAACAAGAAGUAAAAAAAAGUCGAACAUGAGAGAAGCGAUUAUUGAUGAAAUUGAUCAGGAAAAGGGAGAAUUUAAAAAACUACCUGAUGUAGUUGCCUCUUCUCAUUUAGAAUCGUCAAAAGAUCAUUUGGAGAUAAAAAAACGCAUCUUAGAUUUGCGGGAGAAAUUUGGUGAAAAUAAUUGGCUGAACAGUCAUGCAGGGACUUCUGUCCAGGAUAUUAUGGGUCUUCAUUGUGAACAAUUUACAACAUCACAAAUGUUUAAGACUUUGGCUGAUAUUAAUACAUCAACGUCUCUUCAUAAUAAUCUAAUUCAUACCAUGUUUAAUGAAAAAUUUUCUAGUGAGCCCCAAUCAGAAGAAAUUGCAAAAUAUACGGAAGAUGAUAAAGACAUUCCUCAGAAUGAAGAAAUCGUAGAUGAAAUACACACUCUAGAAACACAUACGACUCAUUCUACAACUGUAUAUGAUUCUAAUGAAACUGAAGAAGCUGGAGAUUUAUACAUUGUUCAGAAAAGAAAAAGUGAUAGUGAGAUGGAGACUAUAUUUUUAAUGAUAACCCCUGAAAAUAUUAAAGAAAAGGAUACAAUUACUGGAAAAGUAAAGUUUCAUUGGUCGAUGAGUUCAAUUUUGUCUUGCGUCUUAGGCAAGAACGAUCCACCUACCAUCGAUAUUAUUUUUGAUACUACUAGAAAAGAUAAAGAAAAUAGACGUUACUUCGUGCAAUUGGAAGAUGCGAAGAAAAUUGUAACAAUUAUCAAUGAACAGAUUGAAAUGCGGCCGAUCCCGCUGCAGGUUUUUAAAUGUAUGAAAUGUUCAACGCAAUUCUCGCAGGAUAUGGAAUAUGUGAUGCUUGCUGCUAAAUCGAUGACGGGUUCCAAGCAACUCAAAUGCCCCAUUUGUGAUAGCAGUUUGGUCAUCGAAAUAGAGAAUCCGUCUGGCCUGGACAAUCAAACAGUGAAGAAUCAAUCGGCAGAAAAUUCUACAAGAAUUAACUUGCAACAUUCUGAAUCAUUUUCCAGUAUCGGUGGAAUGGAGGGUGGAGCUAAAUCCGUCACCACUUCUCUGGUACACUCCGACUCUCAUAUCCAAGCUCAAAUCUGUUGUUCAGCAACAAGUUUAGAGGAAUCUAGAGAAUCUACUCCGUCUACAAAUGCUUUGACGAAGAAAUACGAGAGUGACAUAGAGAUACUCAGCAAUCCGAGUCAGAGCAGCAUCGAAGUUUUAGAUGAAACGCUGAAGACAAAUGUUACGCCAAGUCGAAAACAGGAGGAAAGACGUACAGCAAUUGCUCCUUCCUUAAUAACAAUUCCAGACGCGACGCCAGUGAUGGCAGCCUUAACAGAAAGCAGUUCUUCGGGAUCUCUGGCAGAUAGUAUAUGUACAGCAUAUGAAAAUAAAAUAGCCAAAUUAACGAACGAUACGAAAUCCCAAAGCAGUGAGAAGGAAAUUGUUCCUGUAACAAAUCUGACAUCAAUGUUAGGAAGUUUACUUCAGAGUAUUAAGAUUGGGGGCAACAAAAUAUUGAGAGGCGAAGAAGCUUCAAGUUUUUUCGGCAGCGAUGUGCAAUACUCAUAUACUAACUUUAAUAGUAUAGAUCAUAGAAUCAAAUUGCAUAUAAUCUUAAAUAUACUCGAGCAUGAGAACGAAGAAGUGGUGUUUCUUCUCAAGGCACAGAUUUUGAUGCCGUCUAUGCAAGAAAUAUUUUCUGGAUGUUUAGUAUUAUCUACGUCUAAAGUUUAUAUUCUCAGAAUCGAUGGACCAGAAGGGGAGGAUCCACAGCGUUGGCUUCAUAAGGAAAUCAGUUGGACGACGGAUAGAUUAAGAUCCUUUGUAUCAUUGCCAUUUAAGCAGGGUAUUUUGAUUGAAUUACAACAGCCUGGUAAAAUUAAUGAAGAGCUUUCCAGUAUUAUUACAGUGCUUUGUAUUCUGCAAGACUUUCAGAGAACAUCAAACUUUUUAUUUUAUAUCACAGAUCUACGAUUGCCUUCAAAUUGUGAAGUGGAAUUUUCCGUUCCAGAAUGUUUUAGCCUUUUAAUGAAUGAUUUACUAAUGAAUACUGUUAAUUAUAAGACUGGAGAUGUCGUACGAUUACUAGCAAUAUUUUCCUCUGCAGUUAUAAAAUAUCAAAACGUUAUCAUCAAGUUUAAACUAUCUGGAUUAAUAUUGACGAAUGCAAUAUUAAUAAUACUGGAGGAUAAUGUUCAAUGGCUUAUGCCAGGCAGCGAUCAAGUGCCUUUGAUUGCUAGGGAGCAAACUAUGAGUAAUUUGAUUGCAAUAGAACAUUACAAUAAUUCAUUGACUUUAAACUUUUUGGACGAGAUCGCGGGACUCGAGGAAAGUUGGGUCUUAGAAUUUGUUUCUCUUAAUGCUGUUGAAGCUGUAAUCAAUUCCAUUCAGCCUUCAUGGGAAGAAUUAUUCUCGAUACCUCUACAAGUAACGACUACAAGCAACUCUCGUGUUAUGCAGAGUAAUGAAGACGCUUAAAUAAUACAUAAAAAUAAAAUCUCUUAUUGAUUUUUUCAUUAGUUAG